AUGGAGGAGGAGCUGAAGUGCCCCGUGUGCGGCUCGCUGUUUCGGGAGCCCAUCAUCUUGCCAUGUUCCCACAACGUCUGCCUGCCUUGCGCCCGAACCAUCGCGGUGCAGACCCCGGACGGCGAGCAGCACCUGCCCCCGCCGCUCCUGCACUCCCGGGGCUCAGGGCUGCCCGCAGGCGCCGCCGCCGCCGCCGCCGCGCCCCCUCCGGACCACGAGACGCCGGCUGGCCCGGCCUGCGGCGGCGGCGGCGGCGGCGGCGGGAGCGCGGCCGGCGGCGACCACGCGGACAAGCUGAGCUUGUACAGUGAGACAGACAGCGGUUACGGCUCUUACACCCCGAGCCUCAAGUCCCCCAACGGGGUUCGCGUGCUGCCCACGGUGCCUGCGCCGCCCGGCUCCUCGGCCGCCGCCGCCCGGGGCGCCGCCUGCUGCUCGCUGCCCUCGGCCUCCUCGAGCUCCAUCACGUGCCCGCAGUGCCACCGCAGCGCCUCCCUGGACCACCGCGGCCUGCGCGGCUUCCGGCGCAACCGACUGCUAGAGGCCAUCGUGCAGCGCCAUCAGCAGGGCCGCGGGGCCGCGCACGGGGCGUCCGCAGCCGCUGCCGUGGCCGUGUGCCAGUUGUGCGACCGCACCCCGCCCGAGCCGGCCGCCACGCUUUGCGAGCAGUGCGACGUGCUCUACUGCGCUGCCUGCCAGCUCAAGUGCCAUCCAUCUCGGGGACCCUUCGCCAAGCACCGCCUGGUGUCGCCGCCGCCGCCGCCGCGCGCGCCCGCCGAGGCCGCCUCUGCGUCUCCAGGCGCCGCCCAGGGCGCCCCCAGCGCAGGCGGAAGCUGCAAGAGCCCGGGUGCCACCGGCGCCGGAGCGGCGGGGGGCGGCGCGGCCCGCAAGUACCCUACGUGCCCUGACCACGAAAUGGAGAACUAUAGCAUGUACUGCGUGAGCUGCCGAGCCCCGGUGUGCUAUCUGUGCCUAGAGGAGGGCCGGCACGGCAAGCACGAGGUGAAGCCGCUGGGGGCCAUGUGGAAACAGCACAAGGCCCAACUGUCUCAGGCCUUAAAUGGAGUUUCCGAUAAGGCAAAAGAAGCCAAGGAGUUUCUAGUUCAGCUGAAGAACAUUCUGCAGCAGAUCCAGGAGAACGGCCUGGACCACGAGGCCUGCCUGGUGGCUCAGUGUGACGCGCUGGUUGAUGCUCUAACCCGGCAGAAAGCCAAGCUGCUUACCAAGAUUACCAAAGAGAGGGAGAACAAGCUGAAGAUGGUUUGGGACCAGAUCAAUCACUGCACGCUGAAGCUGCGCCAGUCCACGGGGCUGAUGGAGUACUGCCUGGAGGUGAUCAAGGAGAACGACCCAUCCGGGUUUCUGCAGAUCUCGGACGCCCUGAUCAAGCGUGUCCAGGUGUCUCAAGAGCAGUGGGUCAAAGGUGCCCUGGAGCCGAAGGUGUCUGCAGAGUUUGAACUGACCUUGGACAGCGGGCCACUGCUGCAGGCCAUCCACCAGCUGGACUUCAUUCAGAUGAAAUGUAGGGGUGAGCCGUGGUUGGCCCAGUUCAGCCCACCUGUCCCCGUCACAGUGCCGCCCGUGCCCCUGCUGCAGCUGGAGAAGUGCUGCACCCGGAACAACAGCGUCACGCUGGCCUGGAGGACGCCGCCCUUCACCCACAGCACCGUGGACGGCUACAUCCUGGAGCUGGACGACGGAGACGGGGGCCAGUUCCGGGAGGUGUACGUCGGCAAGGAGACCCUGUGCACCAUCGACGGCCUUCACUUCAACAGCACCUACAAUGCCAGGGUCAAGGCUUUCAACUCCUCUGGCGUCGGGCCCUACAGUAAGACCGUCGUCCUGCAGACGUCCGACGUGGCCUGGUUCACGUUUGACCCCAACUCUGGGCACCGGGACAUCAUUUUAUCCAACGACAACCAGACGGCCACCUGCAGCAGCUACGAUGACCGGGUGGUGCUGGGCACGGCGGCCUUCUCCAAGGGCGUGCAUUACUGGGAGCUGCACGUGGACCGCUACGACAACCACCCGGACCCCGCCUUCGGGGUGGCCAGGGCCAGCGUGGGCAAGGACAUGAUGCUGGGCAAGGACGACAAGGCCUGGGCCAUGUACGUGGACAGCAACCGCAGCUGGUUCAUGCACUGCAGCUCCCACACCAACAGGACGGAAGGCGGCGUGUGCAAGGGGGCCACCGUGGGCGUGCUACUGGACCUGAACGAGCACACCCUGACCUUCUUCAUCAACGGGCAGCAGCAGGGCCCUACGGCCUUCAGCCACGUGGACGGGGUCUUCAUGCCGGCCCUCAGCCUCAACCGCAACGUGCAGGUCACCCUGCACACGGGAUUGGAAGUGCCAACCAACCUGGGGCGGCCAAAGGUGCCGGGCAACUAGCCUCCCAGGCCCUGCUCUGCACGGCUGCCCCUCACUGCACUCACAUAACCCCGAGGGCAGCACAGCCACAUCCUGGGUGCAGCCCAGCAGCCACGGAGCAUCUCAGAGACCCGCUUUCUUUGGGGGACGGAGAACGAUCUGCAGGCUGUGCGCACGGAGGCCCCAGUCAGUGGUGAACACGGGAGUGUGUUUCCCCUUGUUCCACCGGCCAUUACAAAUACGAAGAGGGACCUUUCUCAAGGGAGCAAGGAAGCGUUCGGGGUUUCAUUUUGUUUCCUGCCUUCCAAUUUAGAAGCUUGUCUUUUUGGGGGGCAAGAGGAGAGCAGGCUCUGAGACGUGAAUCCUGAGAGCAGGAGGCGGCGGGGGGCGCUCGGGAAUCUCGUGGCCUCAGUGUCAAGUCUUUGCUGGACUCCGCUCCUUCAGAGAACCAAGGGUGCAGGUUCCCAUCUCUGCCAGGAAACGUUGUUAUCCUUUAGCUUUUCGGUUCUGGAGUCUUCAGUACGUUAUGCCACUUGCAGACCUAAUCCAGGAUGGAUAGAGAGGGAUGUUAAUCAUUCAUCAUGAUCUUUGCCGCUCUCGUUGAACUGUUGAGGACUUUUUAAAAUAGUUUCCUUAGAUCCUUCAUUAGUCCACCAACCUCUCUCUCUUACACACACACACACACACACACACACACACACACACACACACACACACACACACACACACACACCAGUCUGCUACAAUUCACUC